CAGCUACACUUCAUCACAGCACAGAACAUGUCCAAGUACCAAAUCCCCAAAGAGUUCCAAGACCAGCUCGAGCCCGCCGAGCCGCUCGACACCCGCAGCGACGAAGCAAUCCUCGCCUCGCUCUCCAAACACCGCCCGGUGACCUCGGAGAAGAACAUCUGGGCCUACUGGCACGCCGGGGUCGAGGCAAUGCCGAAAUGGUGCCAGCGAAACAUCAUCGACUGGCACCGCAUCUGCGGGCCCUCGUGGACAGUCCGCGUGCUCGACAACGUCCCGGACUCCCCCAACCACGCACUCAAGACCAUCCCUCCGGAAAUGCUGCCAGAGACAUUCGUCAGGGGCACCAUGGCCGGCCAGUACGUGGGCCCCCACAGCGCAGACUUCCUCCGCGGCGCAUGUCUCUACCUCUUCGGCGGCGUCUUCAUGGACGUCGGCAUCAUCCUCAUCCGCUCCCUCGACCGCAUCUGCUGGUCCCAGCUCGAAGACCCUGAGUCACCCUACAGCAUCAGCGUCCCCAGGAUGUACGACACGGCCAUGGCAAACCACUUCGUCGCAAGCCGCAAGGCCGACCCCUUCAUACAGCGCUGGCACGAACUCUUCGUGCAAGUCUGGAAAGACCGCACAAGCUACCAGGGGAUGUGCCAGAACCCGCUUUUCGCCUUCAUGCGGGACGAGGGGUUUGGUGCGUCCCAGGAGCGAGGCUUCACCUGGGAAUGGGCCGUGACGCCUACCACGGUCUUCGAGUACAUCACCCAGGUCCUGGCCUGGAUGCGGCUGACGAUGCUCGAGGACGCGGGCGACGGAUUCAGCGGCGUCGACUACGCCAUGAACCAGGUGCUAUGGUUCGACGUGAUCGUUGAGAACUGGGGUAUUGAAUCGAAGAUCGGGUUCAAGGGUGAAGACGCGUUUAAGCUGCUUGCGACCCGGUUGGAUGCGGAUCCGGAAUCGGAGGAGUAUAAGAAGGCUUAUGCCAUCGUGUGGCACUGUUUGGCGCAGAGUAGUAUGCAGAAAGUCACGCAUGCGAAGAACUUGACCAAGACGCCCGCGCUGGGCGCGCUUUGGGAUAUGGAGGAGAAUGAGGGGGCACAUGGUGAGGGGACUUUUGCGGACCUUUUGAGAUACGGAGCGACGAGAUUCAGGCAGAAGAGGGAGGAGAUUGCGGUGGUGCAGAUAGAGAGGCCGGUGACGAUGCGGAAGGGGCUUUAUGAGCCGUGAUGCAGAAUAUUGAAUAGUUUAUCCAUAUCAUAGUAUGAUAGAUAUUAAAUGAAGUUAUACACGCG